AUGUUGAGCUACGGCGACGACAGCGCUGGAUGUAUGCAAAAGGUUUGUGCUUCUUUUUUGACAAACAAACAUCUCCGGUUUCAGGCUAUUUUCGAGUUCAAAAUACAAAGAAACCCGAUGUACUACAUGUAUAUGAUUGUGUUUCCGUCAUUCAUUAUUAACGCGCUUUCUCUAAUCGGAGUGUUCAUGAGGAAUAGCGAUAGAAUGUCAAAAGUCAGUUUGAUAAAUGUUGGGCUUGAUUGAAAUCCGAAAUGUUUUCAGUUAAACGUGGGCCUCACCAACAUCAUGACAAUGACUUUUAUUCUUGGAGUCAUGGCAGACAAGAUACCAAAAAGUGGAAGUAUUCCGUUGUUAGGAAUUUACAUUAUUAUCAAUCUGUUCAUCAUGAUCUUUGCGGUUGGACUCACUGUAGCUAUUGGCGAGCUGCGGAAGUGGUCCAUUCCAAAAUUGAACACUAGAAAGUACAAAAUACAGUAAGCUCACAAUGGGUUGCAAUUGUAAAUUCUUUUUUUGCAGUCGUCACUUGGAGUAUAUCCUCGGAGAUCCACUCGAAACAAUUUGCACAAUCGUGUUUGGUUUUCUGACAACUGCGAAUUUCAUUAUGAUGAUUGUUUUUUGGAUAACUGAUUCCUAAUUGAAAUUCUGGCAUGAUUUCUGUUUGUUAUUGCUGAAAGUCCAGAAAUUUGACACUUCCAAAAAAAUCUGGAUAUAGCCACAAAAAAAACACACGCUCUCAUUGGAAAUGCUCUUCUUUUGUUUUCAAUUUUCCGAAUAAAACAUGUUUGUUCUUGUUAAAGAGGAGCCCUGAGCUCAAGUACGUAGAUUUUGGAUAGACUUAUUUUCCUUCCCAAAUCUAAACACUUUUACAACUUUUUUUUUUCCAUCUGUUUGGAAACAAAGUAUUUAGGCUGGACAGCUGCCUUCGUGCGAAUUCAAAGUUUCGAAUGUCAUCGAGCGCCGCCAUUUCAUGUGCCAUUAACUGAAAAAAAAGUCAUGAAACUUUUGCUUUUCACUUUUUUAAACAUUUUCCAUUAUACGCUGCCAUUUUAUGAGAACGCGACACUGUAUGGUGAGAAAAACCUUUAAAAUUGCACUAAAUCCACGUGAGUUUAGUACCUGAGUGGAAUAACUUCUUGGAACAUCAAUCGAGACUGAUAUCUGACCUCUUUCAAGAUUAUGAUGGGACUAUUUCUCCGAUUUACACAAAGAGUGAGAUUCUUGAUCUUUUCUGAACCACCAGUACCUUUCAGUCAAUGUUUCGAUGCCCGUUGGUUAUAACCCACUUGCCCCUAAACAGUGGAACUACACCAUUUUCUUGUAUUAUAUGAAGAUUGUGGAACCUCGAGCCCGAGGAGAAAGUUUCAGUGGUACUGGAAAUGGCGGAGGUGAAUGAGAAGUUAACAAGGGAUCUAUGAAAGUUCUAUUUUGCACUUUUUCGAUUCUCAGGCCUUUGUUUUAAAUUUUGAUAAAAAAGCCAUUUCAAACUGGUACCGCUUGCUUGCUAAUUAGCCCGGGUGCUGCUCAAAAACAGAGUUUAGGAAAGGUGAAACCAGAAAAAUGAAGUUUCAGCUCGAAUUUCUUUUUUUUUCGGGAUCAUCUCAUCCCGGCCCGUUGGAUGCAAGUAUGAGAGUUCCAAAAUGAGACUGAACUCACUUUUUCAUUGACAUAAUGUUUCAGUACUGGUACGAUCCUCGUCUCGCAUGGGAUUCAACCAAAUACGGUGACAUUGACAUGCUGCACAUGAGACAGGAACGAGUUUGGAGUCCGACUUUGAGUUUAUUCAAAAUGUUAGUAGUUUCUUCCAUAAGAUGCUAACGAUUAAUUUUCAGAAACGACAUGAUGGACCUUCGGGAUCAGGAUUUCCGUUUGGUAUGCGUCACCAACGUGGGCCACGUGUACACUUCUCUCACCCUUCGAGUGUCCGUCAACUGUCCCAUGAAUGUGAACCGAUUCCCGUUCGAUUCGCAGAUUUGUUCAGUUCAAUUCAAUAUGCCAAUUUUCUAUAUGCAACAGGUAAAAAUGUUCAAUGAGAUUUAUCAAGGAAUUCUGAAUACAACAGUUUGGGAAACGAUGGUAGGUCUCCCCAGAUGCACAGAAACAUUAUUACUGUUCCGCUCUCCAGGGCAAUUCUGAAUGGGAUCUGGUCAAUUUGACAAAUCGGAUAGAUUUAUUGACUUACAACGACAUGUUCGGAGAUAUGGAAUUGGUAACUUUCAUCCAUUGAGCAAUUCUACUUUAAAACAAGAUUCCAGGCAACAUUCGAGUUUAAAAUACAAAGGAAUCCGAUGUACUACAUCUAUAUGAUAGUUUUUCCAUCUUUCAUCAUCAACGCUCUCUCUAUAAUCGGAGUUUUCAUGAAGAACACUGAUAAAAUGUCAAAAGUAAGAUUUUUUAAUUUACACUUAAAGCACAUUUGUGGUAAUUUUUAGUUGAACGUUGGGCUCACUAAUAUCAUGACAAUGACUUUCAUCCUCGGAGUGAUGUCAGAUAAAAUUCCAAAAACUGGAAGUAUCCCCCUGCUCGGUAUCUACAUAAUAAUCAAUCUUUUUAUCAUGAUCGUUGCUGUUGGAAUUACUGUUGCUAUUGGAGAGCUGAGAAAGUGGGCGUUGCCAAGACUGAAAUUGAAGAAACACAAGUUGAGGUGUGUCUGUAUUCCAAGUACUGCGCAAGAAGAUUUUUCAGCCAAAAACUGGAGUAUAUUCUUGGAGAUCCACUUGAGACGAUUUGCGCUGUCUUUCUGGAGCUGUUGACGACUGCAAAUUUUAUAAUGAUGAUAAUUUUCUGGAUCAGUGAUGCAUGA